CACGUGGUGGAGGCAGCAGAGUCCAAAAGAAAAUGGGGUUUGGUGUAAAUCUGGGGGUGUAAUGUUAUCAUAUAUCACGCUACCUCGUAAAACCGACACGGAAGCCUACCGGACAACAAAUCACCUCAAAAUUAUGAGUUCUUCGUAUUAUGUGAACGCUCUUUUUAGCAAAUAUACGGCGGGGGCUGCUUCUCUGUUCCAAAAUGCGGAGCCUACGUCUUGCUCCUUCGCCACCAACUCCCCGAGAAGCGGCUACGGACCCGGGGCGGGCGCCUUCACCUCCUCCGUGCCUGCCUUGUACAACGUGAACAGUACCAUAUAUCAAAACCCGUUCUCAUCCGGAUACAGCCUGGGCUCCGACGCGUACAACCUGCACUGCUCCUCUUUCGAUCAGAACAUUCCCGUCCUCUGCCAUGACUUAACCAAAUCCAGCUGUGAGAAAGCGGAGGAGAGCAACCUGCACAGCCAGGCUGAGGGCAAUUUCCGGAUAUACCCCUGGAUGAGGUCUUCAGGUCCGGAUAGGAAGAGGGGGCGUCAGACCUACACCCGUUACCAGACCCUCGAGUUGGAAAAAGAGUUCCACUUCAACCGCUAUCUGACCCGCCGGCGGAGGAUAGAGAUUGCCCACGCGCUCUGCUUGACGGAGCGGCAGAUCAAAAUCUGGUUUCAGAAUCGGCGCAUGAAAUGGAAGAAGGAGCAUAAAGAAGACGCCGCCGCCGCCGCCGCCACCACCACCGAUGCCGAUGGCGCCGCCGCGGCCAAAGACAGCACAUCCGCCGCAGCCUCUGUGGAGAAAGUAGAGGAAGAGGAAGAAGAGGAGGAGGAGGAGGAGGAAGCAGAGUGAACCCGCCGGCUUCCCACUCUGCCGGGCUCUUCUGUUCUGUAUGCACGUGACAGUUGCAAACGCUACCUUGAAAUCAACGUGAAAAUAAAUAAAAUAAAAUAAGAGAGAGCCUUGUAAUGGCCAUUCCCGAUUACAAGGAGGGGGUGGGGGAAGAGAGCUUCUUGCCUUGCUUUCCUGCCCCCCCCCCCCGCAAGAGCAUCCUCCGUUACGCUCUGUGUAAACUGAGAACAAUUUCUAGCCCAGUAAGUUGACUUCAGCCCUCCAAACCUGUUGUAACGUUUGUAUUAUUGCUAGAUGGAUAUAGAUUGAUUUUUACUGGUAUACGUGACAGGAAAAAAAAAUCCUUACUUGCACAAGAAAGGGGCAAAAAAUAAAAAUGUAAUAAAAAUGUCCCACAUUAAUUAUCUUCCAAAUAAACUACCUGACUGUAUUGGUCCGAAUCAAGUCCUAAGGGAUAGGUUCACACACAGACUACCUAAUUUAUGCUUAAGAUCUAUGUACUUCCAGUUCCUGUUUCUAUUUUAUUUUUGUCUAUAUAACCUGGAAAGGGGGGAGGGGCAGAAAUCCUUGAGAGAAAAAAUAGAUAAAACCACUACACUCUACUACAGUGAAUCCUACUACCUAUCUUCAAAACUACCUAUUAUCUAGCUCCUCCUACCCGUCUUCAACAUUAUACUGUAUUUUAUUAAUGGAAAAAAGAGGGAAGAUAAUAUUAAUGAUUUGCUUACAGGACCUGAAGCAUAGAGAAGAAGGCGUAAAAGAAAGCAAGGUCUUUCUAUUUCUGAUAUAGUAUUUCAAGCAGAGUAUUGCUUAGUAUAAUUUAAAGUUUUUUUAAAAAAUAAUAUAUUUAUUCCAAGGCUAAGUGAAAACAAUAUGCUGCAAUAUAAGCUUUCUUCUCAAUUCUUUGCUAGUCUGAAUUUAAUAAGGUAACACAUCGCAAUGAUUGUACAAAGUGGUUUCAUCUCUUCUGUUUGUAUUGCUCUUCAUGGCCUAUUAGGUGCUUCAUUUUAAUUGUUUAUACCUUUCAUUCUGCCUGAUGCAACUGAAAACAGCAACACUUGAGAAGAACUCAUGUGAGGGACAAGCAUCUGCUUUCAAGCCACUUUUCUUUCUUUGUCUUCUUGGAGAAAUAUUUUAGGAAUUAAACUCUGCUGACUUUCAUGCAAUUAACACAUCCUGUACAAUGAAACUGAGAUUUGGCUCUAUUAGUGGUCUGGGAACCCAUCUGUAAACACAUCAUGCCAUAUCCGAUGAAAUGAGCCAGGACAGCUCAUGCUAUCAUAAGUUUGUUAGUCUGUUUAAAGUGCCACAGGACUCUUUGUUGUUUGUACUUAAUAGGGUUUCUAAGCAUGAUGCAAUGUUAAAAACUGCAAUGUUAAAUAAAUUCCGCCUUGAAAAUUUGGCUACA